CGCACCGCGUCGUGAACCCAAUCCAGUCUUCAUUGCACCACCGCGCGUUCCACCCUUCGAUUUGCGCUCAACUUGCACAGGAGAUCCUGUGUUCGUUUCGUCGCAUGCGAAGCGCCAUUACUAGACAAUAUUUACAGCCGUGAUGGUCACAAGUCCGGUCCCAUUGGACUUCUCAUAGCCCCCUCGCAAAGCAUUUCACCCUCAACCCCGCGCCAGGCGCAAACUCCGUCACCAUGGGGAAACUCAUCAGGCUCGAACUGUUCAAUUUCAAGUCCUACAAGGGGCAUCAUGUGCUUCUCUUCGGCGACGCCUUUUUCACUUCCAUCAUCGGCCCCAAUGGCUCAGGCAAAUCGAACGCGAUGGACGCAAUUUCCUUUGUGUUAGGCAUUAAAUCAUCUGCCUUGCGGUCCACCCACUUGAGGGAACUGGUAUAUCGCGGCCGGGUCCUGCGCAAGUCGACGGCGAAUGGAGAGGGGCGCGUGGAAGCGGAGGAUGGUCAAGGAGAAGAAGAAGCGCCCAGUCAGACCAAUGGCACGCAGGAGCGCAACGAUCCAAAGUCCGCAUGGGUCAUGGCAGUGUACGAAGAUGACGCAGGGAUUGAACAAAAGUAUAAACGAACAAUUACCAACCAGGGCGCUUCGGAAUAUCGCAUCAACGAGCGAGUCGUGACCGCGCAGCAGUACAACGAAUCUUUGGAGGAGGAGAAUAUCCUCAUCAAGGCUCGCAACUUUCUCGUCUUUCAGGGUGAUGUCGAGGCCAUCGCGGUACAGAAACCUCAAGACCUGACACGACUUAUCGAACAGGUCUCUGGAAGUCUGGAGUAUAAAGCCGAAUACGACAGGUUGAAGGCGGAGCUGGACGAAGCCGCAGAGCAACAAGCGUUUCAACUGAACCGUCGCAGAGGCAUCAACUCCGAGAUCCGACAGUACCAAGAACAAAAGAGAGAAGCUGAAAACUUCCAGAAAAAGGCGGCCGAGCGGGACGAGGCGGUCGUGACUCACGUCUUGUGGAAAUUGUACCAUCUGCAACGCCAGAUUGAAGAGUCGAGUGCAGAGAUUCAAAAACAUCAGCAGGAUCUGAAAGAAUUCCGCAGAGGUAUUGAAAAGUACGAAAAGAACCUCGAGGCCGCCAAGAGAGACCAUGCGCAAGCUGCCAGAGAAGUGGCCAAGGCAGAGAAGGCGAUCAAAGCUAAAGAAAGAGAAAUCGAGGACAAGACCUCAUCGCUCGUGCCCAUCGAUGAACAGAUCUCGGUGUCCCAGAAGCAACUCGCCAAAUAUGCCAACCGCAUCAGUGCAAUUGUGAAGGAACGAGACGCUCAGGCUGCAGCGGUGGCACAACUGGAGAAAGAUCUGAGUAGGGUUGAGAAGGCACAAGCUCAAUGGCAGAAACAGUGGGAACAAAACGCAAGCCGACUGGGCGGUCAGCUGAGCGAUGCAGACCUUCAGGAGUACACGCGACUCCGGGAAGAACUCAACAAACGUGCGUCAGCGGACUUGAGUCGUAUUGAUAGACUCAAAAACGACCGAGCUCCGAUUGAGGCCACAUACAAUAAUCUGAAAAGCAGUGUGGAAACUACAGAGUACAGAUUGAAGUCCUUGGAAAACGACUACAAUGCAAUCAGCGAACGAAGAGAUGCCGUCAAAGAAGCUGUCCAGCAGACGCAAGCCGAGAUUGAAGCCAAGAAGAAAGAGCUUAACGCUGCGACUUCAAGGCGACUGCAGGCUGCGCGAACCCGAACUGAGCUUGAUGAGAAACUCGCCGAAGUUGCCCGCAAAUUGCUCGAAGCCGACGACGGUCGAAGGACAAGUGAAAAGGAAAUGAGGAUGAAAGAGACCAUUGCCAUGCUCAAACGUACCUAUCCUGGGGUCAAGGGCCGGGUGCACGAGUUAUGCAAGCCCAAGCAGAAGAAGUAUCAAGAGGCAGUUGGCACUGUUCUCGGCCGUCACUUCGACUCUGUUGUCGUCGACACUGAGGCGACAGCCAAACAAUGCAUCGAGUAUCUCCGAGACCAUCGGUCAGGGCAGGCCACAUUCAUCCCUCUGGACACGAUUCAUGUCAAGGCUCUAAAUUCAAACCUGAAGGGCAUGCACCGGGGCAUGCGUCCGGCAAUCGAGACAGUUGAUUAUGACCAGUCGGUUGCACGAGCAAUAUCCUACGCUUGUGGCAAUGCGAUUGUUUGUGAUGAUCUGGACAUUGCCAAAGAACUGUGUUAUGUCCGUCAUGUUGAUGCCAAAGCCGUCACCCUCGACGGCAGUGUCAUCCAUAAAGGUGGCCUGAUGACCGGUGGUCGUGGUCGAGAGCAGAAUACUCGCAGGUGGGACGAAGCUGAGGUCGAGAGACUCAAUAAGCUCAAGGACAAACUGAUGGAGGAAUUCGCCGCGCUUCCUCAAGAGAGAUCCCGUGUGGCCGAAGAGCAGACCUUACAAAACGAGCUGGGCGGUCUUGAAAGCAGACUUCGCUAUGCCAAAGAAGAACUGGACGCUCUUAACAAGAAUCUUCAGAGCAAGAAGCGUGAAGUCGACCACGUGCGACAAUUGCUGGCCGAAGAACGGCCGAAGAUGAGAAGUGAGCAGAGCAAACUGGAAAAGAUCGAUGAGGAGAUAUCCGAAUACCAAGAAUCGGUCAACAAUGUCGAAAACGAAAUCUUCGCCGAUUUCUGCCAGAAGCAUGGGUUCGAGGACAUCCGGGACUAUGAAGCACGCCAAGGUUCACUUCAACAGGAAGCGGCGCAGAAGAAACUCGAGUUUGUCACGCAAAAGGGUAGAAUCGAGGGACAACUUGCCUUUGAAAGAACCAGACUCCAAUCUACGGACGACCGCUUACAGGCUCUUCGGGACAAGGAGCAACGCGACAGAGAAACAAUAGACGAGUUGAGCGAGCAACGACAAGGGAUUCAAGACGACCUAGACACUCUGAAAAACGAACUAGAUGAACUGCAUGCUCAACUAGACGAGCAAAACGAGCGACUAGCGGAAGCGGCGGCAAAAUUGACCAAGCAGAGACAAGAGGUCCAAAAGCGAGCAAAGGAGAUGGAGAGCACUUUUCGCGCCAUCAGUGCUCUUGAAACCGAGAUUCAACGACAUUCGGCGGUUAGAUACAGUCUCCUGCGUCGCUGCAAGAUCGAGAAUAUCGCCAUACCUCUAAAACAAACGUCUGCAAGUCUAGACAGCGUGCCCAUCAACGACAUGCCUCUGGACGACGCGAAUGCCAUGGACGUUGACGAUGAGGACGAAGACCCCACCUCAUCCGCCAUGAAAGCACACCAUGUCAGCGACUACGGCGUACAGCCGGACUUUGACGAGCUCGAAGACGACCUUAAGGAGGACGACAGCGAAGCCAUGGAGGCCAAGUUGCAAGAAGACAUUGCCAAACUAAACGCCACACUGGACAAGAUGCAGCCCAAUGCGCAUGCCGGACAACGUUUGGCCGCGGUCGAACAGCGCGCCCGGGAUACGGAGCAGGAAUACGAGGAAGCUCGAGCGCGGUACCGUGAGCUGAAAGCGCAGUUCGAAGAGACCAUGGAGAAACGCAACGAGCUGUUCAACAAGGCCUUUUCACAUAUUUCCGAGCAGAUUGAACCCAUCUAUUCCAACCUGACGAAAUCGGACGAAUUCCCCGCUGGUGGACGUGCGUAUCUCACUGCGGACGAGGAAGAACCGUAUCUCGCCGGAGUCAAUUACCAUACCAUGCCGCCGACAAAGCGAUUUCGAGACAUGGAACAUUUGUCCGGUGGCGAGAAGACCAUGGCUGCCCUGGCGCUGUUAUUUGCCAUCCACAGUUACCAACCCAGUCCGUUCUUCGUGCUUGACGAAGUCGAUGCCGCGCUGGAUAAUGCCAAUGUCGGGAAGUUGGUCAAUUAUGUCCGCAACCAUGCUGGCCCCGGCAUGCAAUUCAUCGUCAUCAGCUUAAAGACGGGCUUCUUCCAGGGCAGCGAGACCCUUGUUGGUGUAUACCGUGACCAAGGGGCAAAUAGCUCCAAAGUAUUGACGCUCGACUUGCGCAAGUAUUCUUGAAGUCAGCUGGCCGGUUUAGAUCCGUCUUGUUCUCUCGAGAACGAAUGCAAGCUCUUAAGCCUCGUCCUGACGGUCUCGUCCCUACUCAAGUCUAUUCUGUGAAAGGGAGUCCUCAGGUUGCAAUCAUGUCUAGACUACAGUCUAGAUGCUACUCUACCUUUUCGUGUCUUGACGUGCAUACUACACCCCUUCCAGGGAUUUGUCCUCAUGGCGUCCGGACGUCGGACCCGUCAUAAGAUUGCGUUCAUCAUGAUGAGUUGAGUGAGCAACGAACGAAUGGAUGCUGUGCGGUCACAUUCAAUGACUGAAUGAUUUGAACGGACCGAAGGGAAUGGGAUGCUAUGGUCUGCAUUGCGUUGCGGUGCAUUUCAUGUCCGAGACAUCACACACCUGAGUCAAAAAUUCGUGGGGGAGAUUGGAUACAAGUACAUACUGCUGUGGUCGUACAGUACAGUUGUAAACCUUGUGAACAAUUCGCACGCAUAUCUCUCUCCCUGCUACAGCGCACCACUUUUUUGAUUGUUAAUGUCGGAUGUUGGGCGUAGAGUAAAGUAAUGUGA